CUGUUCCUUAGAGGGUGUUGCUGUGUGUGUGGGAUUAGAGACGGUUUAACGGACAGGAGGUGAUACAGGGAAGGCAGGAAUCCCAGCAGCUUUCAUGAUGGACGAGACAGAAGUAGCCGAAGCACGUUGUGUGUUUCGAGGGAUAGAACACAUUCUGCGAAUCCGUGACACGGGGAACAGACUGGAGGUGGAAGUAGAAGAUGCUGUGACCACCGAUCAAUGGAGAGGGGAGUUUGAUGCUGAGUUUAUAGAGGAUCUCACACACAAGACUGGAAACUUCAAGCAAUUUGCCAUCUUUUGCAACAUGCUGCAUUCUGCCCUCACUCAGGCCAGCGAGUCGGUGACCCUUGACCUAUUGACGUACGCAGACCUGGAAUUGCUACGCCACAGGAAAGUAGGAGGAACGUCUCGACAGGCUCCUCCCUCCAGAAGCUCUGCCCUUAGUUCAAAACGUUACCUGAUCCUCAUAUAUUCAGUGGAGUUUGACAGGAUACAUUACCCCCUCCCUUUGCCAUAUGUUGGAAAGCCAGAUCCAGUCUACCUGCGCCAAGUGAUCAGAGGUUUGAAGGAAGAACUAGCGUCUUUGAGAGCCGCACAAGGAGGGGAAACCAUGGCGAGCGAAAUCCGGCAUUUACAAGAAGAGCUUCAAAUGAUGAAGGAGGAGAAAAGGGAGGCAGAGCUUGCAUUGGAAAGGCUGCAGGAACUCUCUGUUCCCAAUGAGAAAGAGGCAAAUCAUACCCGAAUACUCAAGAGGGCGUUACAGACUCUGGAGACAGACCUACACAAAGAGAAAAUGAAGAACCAGCGAGUGGCCAGUAAGAGACGGGAAGAGUGCAGGCAGCUAACAGAGCAGUUGGAGGAAUCUCGAGCUAUAGAACGUACCCUUCGGUUGAAGGUGAAGAGCUUAACCACUGAACUAGCAAUGUACAAAAGAGGACGAGUGACGCCUACUGGACCAUCUCCACAGGGUCGCUCUAGCUCUGCCAACCGGGGCCCUCCCCAACGAACUGCUUCCCGUGGAGAAAAGCAAUUGCGGAGGGACAGAUCUACAUCAUGUGAGCGUAGUGGUAGGAGCUCGGGAGAGGGGAGGAAUCUGAUUAGAGCAGCAAGGUUGUCUCCCUCUCCAGUAGGUCUUCGUCCUCCAAGGUUUGAUCCAACUGCCUUUGUGAAAGACCGUGAGCGCAAGCAAAGGGAGGUGGAACAAAAGAAUACCAGGGUGCGCAGAGUUUCUGGGUCCCCAUCCAGUUUAAGAGGACAGAGACGCAGCUCAUCAGUUGAGAGUCUGCGAAGCCGCCGUUCAUAUCAAAGCUCAGGUGAUGAAAUGGAGGACACAGAGCCACUUGCCAGCAGUGGGGACAGACGGACGGCAACACGUGGGAGAAGACCAUUUGCACCAUCGUCCUGGAACUCUCGCAACAGAGGCACAAGAGAUAAGUCAUCUGAAAAAAAGCGGCUUUCCAGUACACCUACUUAUGACCGGAAAACUGAGAAAGAAAACCGUUUUGACGCAAUCUCUGACCUCUCAGACAUUGAUGCCCGGUUACAGGCACUGCAGGAUUACAUGAAGAACCUGGACACUCGAACGUAGAGUGAUCAUCUACACCUGGACAGCCCCGUCUUAUAUCAAAUAUAAAUGGUGAUGGGGUGGUAGCAACUAGACUUGUGUCGUGUUUUUUAAAAAAAAAAAUAAAAAAUUUAUGUAAUCAUAUCACCUUCGCACCCAUCUCCACUGUGUGAAUGGACAAAUCCUUCUCUUGGCUUGUUUGAAGCCUCUCAUUACAUAUAGAUUUGGCCCUGCUUUCACCAUUGGUCCACGUUGGUGUUGAAUCCAGAUUACACAGAAGCUGAUUGUAUGAUUAUUGUAUGUUCAGGUAUUCCCGGGCCUAUGUAGAUGAAGGUUCAUAGUCCAGAAAUGAAGGGCAUAGAGCUCUAAUUUAUAAAGUUAACCAUUUCAAUUAUGUGUACUUUUUAUGUGAGAGUUGGUUCAUUAAUGAAGUAACCAAAGAUGCCAACAAACGAAGUCUCUGAGAGAGAAAAUGUCAGGUUAGUUUGAAUUCUAUAUAUUUAAACUAGAAUGAACUCCUAAUUGCUCCCUUCUUCUAGUAUGUUGCUGUUUUUCAUUUCCUUGUGUAACUCUGUGAGCUGUUUUGCUAUAUGGGCUUUUCUGCGUGGUUUCAGUAUCCGGCUGUUAACGGACUUCCAUUUGUAACUUGAUUUUAGUUUGAGAGGUCCGUUAACAGAACGGAGGAGGGUUUAAGGAGAGUUAGCUACAGAGAAGCCCAUGAGGGAAAAUGGCCCCUGCCUUUACACAACAAAAAAUCGGAAAGCUGGGGACACAAAACGAACAGGAAAAAAGUUUGUUUAUUAUGCAACAGAAAUGUCAGGACUAUUGUAAUGCUACCAUUUAAGUGUGGAAGGAACGCUAUAGCCGGAAACGCUCUUAA